GCCGUAACGCUUUCUCACGAUUCUCUACUUCUCUGCAGCUUCUUCUCCUUUUUGUUUUUUUCUUUCUCUUUCCUUUUCCACCUACCACCCUCAUAUAUCUUUAUAAGUUCUGGUUUUUCUCUAGGGUUUUACCUUUUCCAUCGAUCUCACCAUUGAUAUCUACCAUUCAUAUCUUACAUGCAGAAACUAUUCUUUUAAGCUCCCAAUCUCAUACCAUCUCCUCCGAUUUCUCUUCCGGUUCAGUUUCAGUUUCACUUCUCUCCUUCCUCCUCUUGCAUGUGGACGUAUCGUUCUCUUCAUCUAUCUCCCUCCGUCUCUGUAAAUCUCCCUCCCAAAUCAUAAAUAUAAAUUGUGGGUUUUUUUUUCUUUUAAGAACUUGGAUAGAACUUCUCCUUAAAAGCUAGCCAUUAAGAAGAGGGUGUCCAAGUCCUUAUAAACCUUCGCAUCGGGGACGGAAUUGCUUGAAAAAAUCUAAUCCUUAAAGAAAAGGUGCCCAAGUCCUUAUAAGUCUUCACAUUGGGCGACAGGCGACGGAAUUGCUUCCGAAAAAUCUAAAAUGUUCAUCGACUCUGCGGUCUCAACCUUUUUCUUUCAUCCUUCCUUCUGCAUGGAUGAUGGUGAAGGAGAUGAAUCAGAAUCACACCAACAACCCAAGCCACCAGAACAAUCCAAACCCAAAUCAGAAGCAGGAAGAUGGGCAGGAACGCCGAGGUGAUCAGAACUCUUGCAUUGUCCGUGAACAGGAUCGUUUCAUGCCUAUAGCAAACGUGAUAAGGAUUAUGCGUAAGGUUCUCCCUAACCAUGCCAAGAUAUCUGAUGAUGCCAAGGAGACCGUACAGGAAUGCGUUUCUGAGUUCAUUAGCUUCAUAACUAGUGAAGCCAACGAUCGUUGCCAGCGAGAGCAGCGAAAGACUAUCACCGCUGAGGACGUUCUGUGGGCUAUGAGCAAGCUAGGGUUCGAUGACUACAUGGAUCCCCUCACCCUUUACCUGCAGCGUUACCGUGAGAUCGAAGGCGACCGUGGCUCUAUCCGUGGCGAUCCAUUGAUGAAGCGAAGCGUCGACCUGGGUACUGCCUUGAAUGUUGCAACCUUUGCCCCUGCGGCGUUUCAUAUGGGCCAUCACCAGGGCCUCUUCGGCGUUGGAGGAGCUCAUCUUGGUGGGUACUUCAGGGACGCGUCGGGCGCGGGCCCUUCUGCUCAUGCUGCCAUGGCUAGCCUUGAUCCUUUUGCACCGUUUAUUAACAAGUGAAGAGAAAGUUUCCCGUUGAAGAUAAGUAUAGUUAGUUUGAUAGAAAGGAAGAGAUUAUCAGUUUUGGUGCUGUGGUAUAGCGCCAUACGAUUGCAAGAACUAACUAUAAUAGCUGGUAUUAUCUAUCUUUAAUUCCUGUUUUCUUUUCUUUUUUUUCUAAUCAAGAAGGACAACCGUGAAGGGUUGUUUUAACUGUAGUGGUUUUCAAGAGUUUUGGAUCUUGUUCUUAGCUCAAAUUUGAAUAAUUCAUGAAUGAGUUUUGUUUA